CCCACCUUGUUUUACUGCUUCAAAACCCGUUAAGGAGAAAUUCAAUCUCUAGAAAAUUCAGAGAGAACACGGAUCUGGAAUUUUCGAAAGCCUAGGGUUUCAAAUUUGGUUAAUAGAAGACUUUUAAUUUUGGUUGAAUUUAGUGUUUCUUUUUCUUGUUGAAUUGUGGACCUAGGGUUUCGAUUUUGUUGAAUCGGGAAUCUAGGGUUUUUAGUUUGAUUUCUUUGUGCGUCUUCUUUAUUCGUUUUUUGAUCGGAAAAUGAACGAACAGUUGAAUCAAUUUCAUAUGAUGAAUCAGCCUCAGGCUAUGAUGAAUCGAAGCUACGGGCUCUGGCCGCAACAGAACCCUUCUCAGAUUCUUAGGAACCCUAAUUUCAAUGUACCGAAUCAGUCUAUGGCGGUUCGUAACAAUUGGAAGGGGAAGAACAAGGUUCCCGAUAAUCGGAAAUCGGGAGGAGUCGGGUACAAACCUCCGACUCUGCAGGAAUUGCAGUCGCAGAAUCGGUUGAAGGCUAGGAGGUUUUACCACCCUAAGAAGAAGUUUAACAAUCGAUCUGCACCGUAUGCGCCUAGGAACACGACGUCCUUUAUAAUUCGAGCAAAGAAGGCGGGUGGGAUCGCAUCGCUGGUUUCGCCGUGUCCGGUGACGCCGGCGGUGUUGCCAACACCGGUUUUAUCACCGUCGACGGAGGUUUUGGGGGAUAUGGCUAAGGAGGAGUGGGGUGUAGAUGGGUAUGGGACGAUGAAUGGCUUGAUUAGGCUACGAGAUGAAGCGGAGGUGAAUGAGGAGGAGGAAGAGGAGGGAGGAGGAUCGAGUGACAGUGAUGUGGAGGAGCAUGUGGAGGUGGAAAGGAGAUUGGAUCAAGAUUUGAGUAGGUUUGAGAUGAUUUAUCCGAAUUAUGGUGGGCUUGAUUACAAUCAUGUGUUGGAGAAUAGGGUGGAUGAUCGAGAUGCACAUAUACUGCAAUUGGAAGAAGAAAAUUUGACAUUGAAGGAGAAGCUGUUUUUGAUGGGGAGGGAAAUGGAGGACUUGAAGAGGAGGUUGCUGCGCUUGGAGAGAAGGAGCCAAGGAUUGGAGGAUGCUAAUGAGGAGGUGGUGGAGAAUGAAUCGGAAAGUGAGAGUGGAGAUAGAGAUGACAAUGCUAUUAUGCGUGAGAAUAAUGACGUGAAUAAUAAAGAUGUUGUCAAUAAUGAAGAUGUUGUGAAUCACAAAGAUGCUGUGAAAGUGAACAAUGGUGAAGUGAACAACGAGGAUGUUGCGCAAAUGAAAGAGGACAAUAACAAUGAAGCAGCAGACAGUAGCGACCUCCAAAUGGAGGAGCUUGCAUCUGUGAGGAAUGAAGUGAUCGCGGAGGAGGACAGGGUCCAAGGAUGAAGAAGGGGGGGACUAAUGCAGUGAGAAGAGCAUUGGCGAUGGUGACUUUACUCAUUUGUCCCUCGUUGAUAAGAGCCUUUGUUGGAGUACUCGACAAAUGUUUGUACAUUAGAGAAUUCAAUUCAGGUAGAUUGGCUUGGUUAUCAGUGCUCCUCAACUUUUUUGAAGGAUAAGAUAAGUCGCCGCAGGUGUAUGAUUUUACAUGCCCUUUUCGUACUGUUUCCCUUGGGGCAUUUGAGUUCAUGGAGUGGUGCAGACAUCUACAGAUUUAUUUUAACUCAUAUUUCUCUUUCAACUUGUAGACUGUUAGAUUUGGUCAUCUCUUGUUACUGUAACAAAAAUUGUCAAAAGCCAAUAACGUGUUCAAUGACAUUUUGACUUAAGAGGGAGGUGUUCAGUAGUGAGCAUUUGAGUUCAUUUCCUAUUCUUUGGUGGAGUCGUCUUCCCAUUGCACCUUUUACAGAAAUUAUCAGCUUGAAGGGGUCUCAAGCAAGUGUUCAUGAACCCCCCAACUGAAUGACUACUAUAACAGAAGCUGUUGAUGUAGACCAGUGAUGAUUCUCUCAUGCACUGAGAACUGCAAUGGUAUUUGCAAGGUGUUGGAUUCAUUGUUCUUUUAUGUGCUUUUAGGUUCAGAGCCUGCAGUGACAGUUUGCUCCUUUGCAUCACCUGUCUAGCAUGAACGUCAAUGAGGCCCCUAUGCUGCUAUUGACCUUGCAACCUCUUGGUCAUUACUUCACCUAGUGGCAGCAUGGCAAUCUAUUCCGAGUAAGUGCAGUGAUCAGGUGCAUGGGGUUGUAUCUUUUCCCCACUCAAUUUUUCUUGGAUUGACCUUGGCCUCAGUUGAGUUUGGCUCUAAUGGGCUUUAACAUCAAACCUAUUCAAGUGGGAGAGAAUGGAGUUACCUAGAUUGGAUUUGGGUUAGAUUUUUCAACUACUGUUUCCUUUUCUUAUGCUGUUUUACAGGCUAUAUACUUGGAGCUAAAAUUGGGUUUCAUUUCAGUUGGAAUUACAUGUGACUCCAACAAGCUGAAAUAGGUGUUAUAUUUCAACUGCAAUGAUAUUUGGCUCAACAAUCUCAAGAGUUGUGCAUUUUCAA